ACACUGGUGUGCUCCAUGGUUUACUUAUGUCAUAAAGAAUUAACAUCUAAUGAUUUGGGCAGAAGCCAUCAUUGGAAAGAGCUGUUUUCAGUGGUGGUAUUUGGCUGUAUAUCAUCAGGAGGAUGGUAUCUUCAAAAAUGCCAAUUUAACGAUGAUGCCAAUGCAUGUCGAUUUGGUUCGGCUAUAGGAGUGUUGGCUUUUCUUGCUUGCAUUAUCUUUUUGGUCAUUGAUGCAGUAUUUGAUAACAUCAGCAGUGUACAACAUCGUAAAUAUGCUGUUCUUGGAGACUUGGGCUUCUCAGGAGCCUGGACAUUUAUGUGGUUUGUGUGCUUCUGUUACCUUGCUGAUUCAUGGAGGAAGACUAAAUCAAUGUUUCCAAAGGAUCAUGGCAAAGAUGAUAUUCAAGCUGCUAUUGCAUUCUCUUUCUUUUCAAUUCUUAGCUUUGGUGUUCUCACUUUUUUGGCUGUUCAGAAGUACCGUUUGGGUGCAGGUGAAGCUUUCACAAGUGGCUAUGAACCAGAAGCAAAUGUUUCCUCUCCCUAUUCUUCCUUCCCAGGAAGUGAGACUGGUGAUCCAUAUCAGCAACCACCAUUUAGUGCGCAAAAAGAAGCUCCAGAUUUUCAAACACCUACCUAUUAACUCUUGAAUCAACUUAUCCAAGCAAAAGAAGAAACUAUUAGAGACAAUUGAAAGGCAUGAGUGUUAGCGGCAGGAUAAUAUCCUGAACUUGCAAACACCUGAUGUUAAGGGAUCACGUGGAAACUGUCUACAGUUUGAAUGUUACAUGUUACUGGCAGUAACUGUAACUGUGCCAACACCAGCCAUUUUUUUUUCAAUUGCUCAGACUGGUAUGGGCAUUGUUGCUGGAUUUCUUUAUGAAAUAAUACUGUCAAAUCUUGACUCUUUUUUCAAUAUUUUAGAGUUGGCUUGAAAUAAUAUUCUAAAAGUCAGUCUCUUAUUCCUGCCAUCAGGUGUCAGCACUGUCUUGGUUGUAUAAAUUGGUGUUACUAGUCAAGUGUAUAAUUUACAAGUAAAGAGAUAUUAAGUUUUAAA